AGCAAAAAAUAUAUUAAGAAAAAGUGUAUCACAACCCAAGGCUUGUAAUGAAGGUGGCAUUGUUCGAAAAAACCGUACUUACUUCACAAUUUACAGAAAGGGACAAAUAGAAGUUGAAAGUGAUGUGAUAGAAAAAAAAGUUCCAGUCGACAUCAGAAUAAACAAAAUUUCAUGUACUCAAAGCGCUACAGAAAAAUACGAUGAAAAUAUGUAUGUUUGUUAUGGGGACAAUACGACGAUACCAAAAUCUGAGGUAUGUAAAUAUGAUGUCGAUGAAGCGGGUUAUAUGACUGGUUGUAGGUCAGGAAUUCACCUGCAAGACUGUGAGGAUUUCGUUUGCCCCCCAAAUACAGUUAAAUGUCCAGAUAGCUUUUGCAUUGCUCUUCGAUUUGUGUGUGACGGGAUGGCCCAGUGUCCUGGUGAACAGGACGAACACAAUUGCUCAUGUGUUAGUGGGGACAAAGAAGUUAUCAUUUUGAUAGAGGAUACAAAACAACAGACAAGUAGUAAAAAGGCCUCAGCAUUAUUAGCAAAACAAUUCAAGCAUGGAAACAAUAAAGUUAGAGUACUUACCUACCAGGCGAAGACAAGAUUUGACGACUUUCCUCUUAAACAUCGACUGUUAGAAAUACGCGAAGAAAACAUUGAUAGCUUCGAUAAAUUAAGUUCCGAUUGCACAUAUAAGACUUUGGCUAGAAAUUUUCUGCCAUCUUUACAGUUUAAAAACGAUGUAGGGAAGUUUCUUAUUUUUAUUGAAGAUAGUGUUGAGUCAUCUACAGUUGCUAGGAUUAUGUUUUCUAAUAUAUAUAGACAAGAAUUUACCAUAUAUCGUGUCAUCAGAAAUUUCAGCUUUUUGACAAACAUUGAUUACACGUACGAAUUUGUAAAAGAUGUACGCAUCAAUAAAUGGAGUUCACUACAUUCGAUAGGAUACAGGCAUUUUCCAGAAAUAUGCAAAGAGGUCUCACAUGUGCCGUGUGCUGGUGGUUUUAGGUGUUUAUCCAGUAAGCAAUGUAUACCUCUUCACCAAGUAUGUGAUGGCAAAGUUCACUGUAUGAAUAAAGAUGACGAACAUAUGUGUGGUUUUAGAUGUCAUUAUAGAUGCAAUUGUGUAGACAGCGCGGUUGAUUGCCGAAAAGCUAGUUUAAAUAUUUCAGAUAUACAUGAUCUGUCAAGGAGAACUCGAAGCGCCGACUUAAGCUAUAACCAUGGAAUUAAAGAUAUUUUAUCAAAAGGAAACAUUCAUUUCCCUUUCAUGUUGUUCCUUGAUGUGUCAAACUGUCGUAUAGAGGUUGUAAGCAGUAACGCAUUUUCAGACAUAAACAAUUUGUUGAAACUUAACAUUAGCCACAAUAUAAUAAAAAAACUUUCUGACAACGUAUUUAGAGAUCUUCGACACCUAGUCCAGCUAGAUCUUGAUGGAAAUUCAGAAUUAGAAGAAAUAUCUGCUUCAGCAUUUCAAGGUUUACAAAGUAUUAAAACUUUAAGAAUAUCGGGAACGAAAUUAAAGAAAAUCGCAACCUUAACAUUCUCAAAUUUGCAAUUGGAAAGUAUUGAUAUAUCAAAUAAUGAAAUUCGUAAAAUUGAAAAUUUUGCUUUUAAAAAUACGUCGGUUAAAAAGAUCAACUUUGAAGGCAACAAUAUACUUGAAUUCCAUCAGUUAAUUUUUUCGGAUGUUGCUGCUUUGAUUGAAUUACGUACACCGGCGUAUAAAUUUUGUUGUAUACGUCCUUGUUAUGUCAAAGAAAGUAACUGUUAUCCGCCAAAGAAUGAGUUUUCAUCUUGUGACGACUUAAUGAGACAUCCAAUUCUGCAGGCAGUUUUAUGGCUGGUUGGAAUAGCUUCAUUACUCGGAAAUCUCGCAUCAAUUGUCUACCGUGUUGUGUAUGACAGACAACGACUUAAGAUUGGUUAUGGAAUAUUUGUUACGAAUUUGGCAUCUGCAGAUUUCCUUAUGGGAAUAUAUCUUAUUGUAAUAGCGUUUAUCGAUACUAUUUAUAGAGGCAGGUAUAUUUUUAUGGACGACCAAUGGCGAAACAGUAUAUGGUGUACUCUAACCGGAUUUUUGUCAACCGUAUCGUCUGAAGCAAGCGUCUUCUUCUUAUGCCUUAUAACAAUUGAUAGACUUCUUGUUAUCAGAUAUCCUUUUGGACACGUAAGGUUUACACCAAGGAGAGCAAAAAUUUGCUGUUUAAUUUGCUGGGUCAUUGCAGUAUCUCUCGCGGUGUUUCCUAUUUUCCACACAAGCUAUUUCAAGAACAUGUUCUACUCCAGAUCUGGAGUAUGCAUUGCACUACCGCUGUCACGUGAUAAACCUCCGGGCUGGAUGUAUUCCGUUUCAAUAUUUGUUGGCUUAAAUUUUGGCACCUUUAUCCUUGUUGCAUUUGGUCAGUUAUCAAUCUUCUUAGAACUUCGAAAAUCUAGCAUAGGUGGCAAGAAAACACAGCAAUCAAGACAAAGGGAUCUGCAAGUAGCAAAAAAUCUAAUCCUUGUUGCAACAACCGAUUUCCUUUGCUGGUUUCCAAUAGGACUAAUGGGGAUUAUGUCAUUGAAUGGAUACUCAAUCUCUGGUGAUGUUUAUGCGUGGACAGCAGUGUUCAUACUUCCUUUGAACUCGGCGUUAAAUCCAUUUCUAUACACACUUUCGGCUAUAAUUGGAAAAAAGACGACGUCUAUAUAUUGA